GGCACCGUGCCGCCAAGGGCCGGGAUCCCGGUGCGGCGGGUCCCUCCCCGCAGGCACAGCGGCCCCGGGGGCGGCUCGGGGGGCGGCGGGGCGGCCCGGGGAGCGCGGAACCCCCGGAGCGGAACCUCCAGAGCGGAACCUCCGGAUCGAUGCGGGGUUCCGGUGCGCCGGCUCCAUAUCCCAGCAGGCCCCGCGGCGCGGCCUUCUCUUCCGGCGCGGCGGCAGCGGUGGCAGUGGUGAGUGCGGCUCCCUCCGCGGCAUCCGGCUCCAUCCUUCCGUAAGGGAGAGGGGGAGCCGCUGGAGCAGGUGCAGCCAUGGCCAAGUCCAAGAACCACACCACACACAACCAGUCCCGUAAGUGGCACAGAAAUGGCAUCAAGAAACCCAGACGCCACAGAUAUGAAUCUCUGAAAGGGGUUGACCCCAAGUUUCUGAGGAACAUGAGGUUUGCAAAGAAACACAACAAGAAGGGGCUGAAGAAGAUGCAGGCCAACAAUGCCAAGCAGGCUGCUGCUCAGCAGAAAAAGGACUGACAUGGUUUAAGACAAAGAACCAGUUUUCCUAUUGGCCAUGUGCGUUACAGCAUUUUUGUAAAAAUAAAAUUGGAUGUAACAAA